GUGUGCCUUCUCUAUGGUAUUAAUAAAGGUUUUGAAACUGUAUUGUAAUUAAACGUAACAUAAUAAUUUUGCUAUUAUUGAAAAAGUAAAAUAAAUUAUGGGAGAACGUUACAACAUUCAUAGUCAGCUAGAGCAUUUACAGUCAAAAUAUAUAGGCACCGGGCACGCUGACACAACCAAGUUUGAAUGGCUUGUGAACCAACAUCGUGAUUCUUGUAGUUCUUACAUGGGACAUUAUGAUUUGCUAAAUUUCUUCGCCAUCGCAGAAAACGAAGCAAAAGCACGUGUUCGAUUUAAUCUUAUGGAGAAAAUGCUUCAGCCCUGUGGUCCACCUCCAGAGAAACCAGAAGACUAAACAGCUUGAACAUCUGCUGUGAAACUCAUCAGAUUUAAAACAUUUUACUAUUUUUGUAUACAUUUGAUAAUUCUUCUUGCUUUUACGUCACAUAGAUACUAAUUUAAUUAUAUCUUAAAGUUAUUUUUACAUGUACAAGAAAUAGAUUAACUAGAUUAAUGAAACUGA